AUGAAGUUCCACACUCUGUGCCUCGCGCUGGCUUCGGCCAACACCGCUCUUGCUAAAGGCAGUCCCGCCAACGCCACUCUCGCUAACAACCUCUUGGGCAACUUGGCUGACUCGUGGAUCCGCAACAACGACGAGACCCAGAGGCCUUACUGGUACGGACGCGCUGUUGUCUUCGAGGGCUACGAGGCUGCCAUCGAGCUGGGCAAGAACGAGACCCUCGUCGAAUGGUACCGCGACCAGAUCGACCUUGUUGCUGCCCCCAACGGCACUAUCUACAACUUCGACCUGACCAAGCACUCCCUCGACAACUACCGCAUCGGUCUGAACCUUCUCUGGUGGUAUAGACGCACCGGUGAGGAGAAGUACAAAAAGGCUGCCGACUUUAUCCGUGACAGGAUCAACCAGCAGCCCAGGACCCCUACUGGCGGCUUCUGGCACCGAUCCCCCACCUACCCUGACCAGAUGUGGCUCGACGGCAUCUUCAUGACCGACUCCUUCUAUGCUGUUUGGACUUCUGAGUUCGACGCCAAGAACAACACCGCCUGGGACGACAUUGUUCUCCAGUGGGACAAGAUCCAGGAGGUCACCAUCAACAAGGAGACCGGCCUUCCCGUCCACGGCUUUGACGAGAGCAAGACCGCUGUAUGGGCCGACCCCAAGACCGGUGCCUCUCCCCUCGUCUGGAGCCGAGCUGUCGGCUGGUACUUCUGGUCCCUGAUCGAGGUCCUCGACGUCUUCCCCAAGUCGCACCCCGGCUACGCCCGUCUCCGCACCUACUACAAGGACCUCGCCUCCGCGCUUCUCCGCGCCCAGGGCGAAGAGAGCCAACUGUGGGAGAUCGUCAUGAACAAGGAGUACGAGGGCGCUGAGGGCAACUACGUCGAGAGUUCAGCCUCUGCCAUGUUCACCUACGGCUGGUUGGCCGGUCUGCGCCGCGGUCUCCUCGACGAGAAGACCUACGCCAAGCCCGCCGAGCAGGCCUACAAGCGCCUUUACACCGACUUUGUCACCAAGAACACGGACGGAACCAUCAACUGGGAGGGCACCGUCGAUGUUGGAUCCCUGAACAGUGAUGCGUCUUUCGAGUACUACACUGGUGUUGAGGUUGUUCCUAAUGAUACCCGUGGUGUUGGACCCUACAUGAUGGCUGUGUAUGAGUGGGAGCUUCGUAACAAAUAA